AUGGAGGAUUUCACCCAGAAAACCAUCAAAACCAAGCGCGGGUUCGACUACGCCUACUACACGACCCCCAACAUCAACCCAUCGUCCCCGACCCUCCUAUUCAUCCACGGAUUCCCAGACCACGCAUUCAUGUGGGACGAGGUGGUGGCGCACGUCCUCUCCAACCCGUCGACGGCGUCCUACAACGUCGUCGUCCCCGACAAGCUCGGCUACGGCGGCAGCUCCAAGCCGACCGACCCAUCCGCCUACUCCUUCCCGGCCAUGGCCGACGAGCUGGCCGAGGUCCUCGACGCCGAGCACGUGACGCAGCAGGUCGUCGUCGUCGGCCACGACUGGGGCUCGUUCCUGGCGCAGAGCUUCUACUGGUACCACCGCGCCCGCGCCGUCGGCCUCGUCCUGGUGUCCGUCGCCUACAUGCCGCCCGACCCGACCGGGGAGCGCGACAUGGCCGCCUCCGCCGCCCUGUUCCAAAAGACCUUUGGCUACUCCCAGUUUGCGUACUGGGAGCUGCUGACGGCCCCCGACGCCCCCGCGCUCAUGGGCGCCAAUCUCGACCGCGUCUACCACGCCAUCCACGGCGACGCGCCCGACUGGAUGCGCGAGAUCUUUUGCGAGCCCGGGGCGUUUCGCGCCUUCGUCGAGGGCACGCACCGGGACAGUGGCAAAGUGCCGCUCAAGCCGUUUGCGCAGACGGAGAAGCGCAGGCGUCAGUUCGUCGACCGCUUCCAGAGGGAUGGGUUCGACGCGCCGGUGCAGUACUACGUCGCGGGCAAGAUGGGCAUGUUGGCCAAGGGUGGGAGGCAGGUCGGGCAGGAGGUGCUGCGUGCCGACUUGCCCGUCUUGUUUGUUGGGUCCACGGGCGAUGCCGUCUGCCGACACGAGCUGAUUGAGGGUUCCGUCAAGGCGGGGUUGCUGCCGGAUCUGGAGAAGCACGUCGUGCAGGACUGUGGGCACUGGAUUCCCAUGGAGAGGCCCGAGGAGCUUGGUGGUUAUAUAGCAUCAUGGUUAGAAAAGAAGUUUCCUGUGGCGGGCAAGGCUUGA